AUGUUUAUUUUAUUAUUAUUAAACUUAAGUUUUGCUCUCCCUGAGUUUUAUCAUUAAUUUGAUUCAAUCAAUUUGAAAUAAUAUUCUAAUUGUGCUAAGAUUGAAACUUUAGUAGAAGACCCGAAAGUUGAUGUAAUUACAAUAAAUGAAAAUGCAAAAUUUAAAGCAUUUUUAAUGUUUGGAGAACAUGCAAGAGAAUUAAUUAGUCCAGAAACAGGUACUUAAAUUAUCAAUAAAGAAAGGUCUACAUUUAUUGGAUUCAAUCUGUAAUAAUAAGUAUGAUGUGAGUAAGUAUUAAAUUAAAAUGGUUUUAAAUCUUAAUCCUUUAUCAAGAAUGAGAGUAGAAAAUGGAGAAUAUUGUUUAAGAUUAAAUGAAAACUAAGUAGAUUUAAAUCGAAACUAUGAUGCUCACUUCAAAAAAUAAACUGAUAUGGAAAUGUAAACCAAUUCAGGCCCUGAGCCGUUUUCAGAACCAGAAACUAAAGCUGUAAGGGAUCUCUUGAAAUCUUAUAAUCCAAAUAUGUUCUUGUCCAUUCAUUCAGGAAGUGCGGGAUUAUUUACACCAUAUGCAUAUUCAAUGGAAGAACGUAAAUCAUCAAAAGUAAUGCAUAGCCUCAAAUUAUGAAGACUUAAUGAAAGUCUUGAACAUAAUUAAAGAAGAUCAUUGUCCCAUGUGUGAAACAGGUAUGUCUAGUAAAAAUGUUGGAUAUUUAGCAUUUGGAAGUUCUAUGGAUUAUGCUUAUGAUGAAGUAGGAAUAAAAAAUUCAUAUUUGUUUGAAAUAUAUCAUAAAGAUGUUAAUAUGAUAAAUGAUUUAAGGGUUGAAUAAAUAAAAAAAUAAAGGAAAAGUUUUCUAUAAUUAAGUGAAGAUUCAUCCAAUUAAGAAUGCUUUGAUUACUUUAAUCCAAGAGAAAAGGAAUAAUAUGAUUGGUAUACUUAAAAUUGGAGCGAUGCUAUUAUCAAAACACUGAACUUAGUUGAGAAAAAUUAACGUGAAGAAAAUAUAUUAGUUCACAAUUGAAAUAUGCU